CGGCGGACAACGCGCCGGGGAUUGACGUCCGCCCCGAGGCACCAACCGCCCCUACGAGGCGUGCCCCGCGUCCGACGCAGCCGAGGCGCUCCGGCGAGCACACCAAAAGCCCGCGAGGCAGCCCCGCCCCACCCCUACAAAACCUGAGGGGCAGCACCUCAAAACAGCAAAAAGAUGGCCGGCGCCUGGGGCGUCAUCGCCUCGCUCGUCCCGGCCGCCGAGUUACCCGCAUUAGAAAUAGCCGUCGGCUGCUCCUUGAUCGAGAAGUGCACCGAUCUCAGGAAUGAGGCCGACGCGCUCCGCGACAUCGUGGAGGACUACGCCCAGCAGAACGCGCGGGACGCCGAGCUGGACGAAUCUCGAGCCCAGAAGCGCGCCCAGGCCGAUCGGCUCGGCGACGGCCCCGAGCGCGAGAUGCUCGAGCGCAAGGUCUCCAUGCUCUUGGACUACCUGGGCGGCGCGGGGUCGGAGCCGGAGCGGCGCGUCGCGGCCUAUGUGCGCAAGGCCGCCGCGGAACGAGCGAGGCAAAUCGCGACGCCUCCAAAAAAGCCGAACCCGGAGAAGCGAACGCCGCCACCCGCACCGAAAAGGCCGAUGGACGCGCUCGCCGACUUAUUCAUUGAUAGGGGAGACAGCUCCGACGUCGUGGCGGAGGCGCGGCGCCUGCUCGAGCGGGAAGCCGAGGAUUUGGUGGAGGAGAUCGCGCGCCUCACGAAUUUUUUUGACGAGGAGGAAAGAGCUGUCUGCGAGCGGCAUCGGCGGACGCCCACGAAAACAAGUGAGGACAAGCCGUCGCUGCAGGAUUUGCGGAGGGUUUCUCAAAAACUUGAAAAAAGGUGGCUCCAGCAGGAGCACGCGCGGGACGUCAAAGGCUUGUUGAAGCGCGUGCCGGGCGGCGCCAUCGUCGACUCGCCCAUUUCCUUCGGCAAGUCGAAACUCGUCGGCGAGCUGCUCGAGUCGCCGGCGACGGUCCGCAAGACGGCGUCGCCCGAGGGCGGCCGUUUGGUGGCCGCGCCGCCGCGGCGGACAAAGCCCAAGAACCGGUUGCGGGAGAAGAUGACGCAGGCGCGCGAGGAAAAGUUCCUCCAGGAGUGGUAAGAGACACGUUUGUG